AAGCCUAAAUUCUUUCCGAUUCUUCCCGAUGAGAUACUAAAUAGUUUUUAAUUAGUACGAAAUGCCAUCUUGAACAAAUUUUCAAUCAGCUAUACAAUGUGAACAAUCCAGAUCACUGGAAAAACGAAUAGUAUUACGCAAAUUUCCGAUUAUCUGAUUCUGGUCGGAACUUUUUGAGUCAAGAACUUCUGAUUACUCUUCUUUCUUCUGCGAUGAAAACGUACCCACCCACUUGAAUCGAAGUUUAGAAGAAGAAGAAGAAGAAGACAUGUCGAAGCUGUGGAAGAGGAUUGCUGGGUUGCUCGGGAACCGAGCAAUGGCCGGGGUCGACAAAGCAGGGAAUCGAUACUUCGCCAGAACCGAACAGAUGGAUGGCGUCAGUAAUGAAAGAGAAAAGAUGGGUGGUUUUUAAAGGAGAGGAGGAUCCAACAUCUAUUCCAGUUGAAUGGAUAUGUUGGCUGAAUGGGCAGCGAAAAAAAGCUCCAACACUAGAGGAAAUGAUGGAGCUUGAGGCAAAACGUGAACGCGUUAGACUUAAUGUUGCUCUUCUCAGGAAGGAAGAAGAGGAAAGAAGAUCCAAAGAAGGCAUUAGACCCAGAGCCACCAGUACCGGUAAAGUUGGAGGUCCAGACUUGAGAAGUUUCAUUCAGCAAUUUCCAGCUGAUUCUAAAGGUGACACAGUUGGUGAAACUUCUGGUGCAAUGGAUGGCAUGAGGAACUCCGAAGAAUCAGAGACUGACAAAGAAGUCCCAUCUGAACAAAAACGACAGCCAGAGUCUUCAGAACCAACGGGAACGGGCGCAUCCUUCAGACCGGGAACAUGGCAACCACCAACAUGAUUACUAGCUGAUAUCAAUGUGCUUCGCCAACAUUGGUCCUCACACUGGAGUGUAUUACUUGCUUGUUUGGAACUCAUAUCCCGUAAACCAGAUUCAACUCACAGACGAUAUUAGACAACGUUAAAUGAAGAUUAUGGUGUGGCAAAUGUGCGGCAGUUAACAUUCUUUAUCUCCGUCAAUUGAAUCGAGUUUUUCCAAGAACUAGGCGACAUUAUGCGGAAAUAUUUGAUGGAGAAAAUAUCAUUUUCACGGUAAUAUCAAAAUUUUCCGGAAUUUGUGUUCUUCUGGAAGAGGAGGUUAUUGUAUUUUGAGUAGUUCGAUAUUGAUGGCUUUUGUCUUCCACUUUUGGAAAGCAGCCUGUAAGUUUUGAAGUUCUUUUCCCGUCAUCAAAUGCAAAUGCCAACUUUGCUGAAAG